ACCAAUCACGUCUCGAGUUUGGAGUAGUCGGCCAUAUUUGUGUUAUUCCAGACCCGUGAUGUUGUUAGGCGAGUUACCCGGGUGUUUGGGGCCUUAUACAGUAAGCGAUUAAUGAUGAGUGAAGGUACACGGAUAGCUGUAAGGAAGGCGGAAGAAGUGUCCAAGAUGGGGGAGGCGGGAUUGACACCUGGCAUUCCUGUCGUUUGCUUGGUGUGUGACAGAACAAUAAAAGACAUUCAUGCCCAGGACGUACACAACUUGUUCUUAGAGUCGAGCGUUACGUCACACACCCGGCAGCAGCUCGGAGACAUACUGGAACAGAUCAUCAAGUCCCCUCUGGAUGCUACUCAGGUAUAUUCAAAGACUUUGUGUCGUCGAUGCUUUAAACUUCUUGAUGAGUUGGAUGAAAUGCAGCACCGCUCUGACGUCAUCAAGAAUACAAUAGCCGGCUGGUACAACCGAUCAUUCCUUAGAAGACUUAAGUUACCAGGUGGAGAGGAAGGAAACUUAGAACCAAUGGAUAUAGAUAGUCCUGAUGAGGAUGAAGAGUCAAUUGACGAGUUAAAAGUUGAACCAUUAGAUGACGAGGAAGACCUCCUAGCAGAUGAACUGAGGCCUGAAGACCAGGGGAUCAGACCUGACGACCCUGAGUUUAACCCCGCCUAUGAUAAUGUGUGGAUGAUGGGUAAAACUCGCGUCAGAGGUCGUGGCAGAGGGCGCGGGAGAGGGCGAGGUCGUGGAAGAGGUCGCGGACGAGGCCGUGGCCCCGGUAGACCACCAAAAAACCCAAAGGAUGGUUUGGGGCCAGGCAAAACAUCUGUCUCUCUGGGGGAGAAGUUAGGCCAACUGGUUACAAAGAUACUAGGAGAUGAUGACACGGAGGAACAGCCUAGCUUGGAGACUGAAGAAUCUGCAGGUGCUGAAGAAACUGAUGAUGCAGCUACAAAUGUUGAAGACAAGAGUGAAAAGGGAGGAAUAGGAACUUCUUCUGAGGCUGAAAUGUCCACUCAUGUUCUCACACACGCCCACCACAGCUGCCCCAAUUGUGGUCUGGCUCUCGCUAGACCAAGUGCUCUCAGACACCAUUUAAAGAUUGUUCAUAAUAUUGAGAUGGAGGUAAAUAGGGAUAAAUUUGAAAAGGAAAAGUAUCAUUGCAAAUUGUGUGGAAAGGCAUAUGCUUCAGCUGGAGGGCUACACAGUCACAUGAUUGGCAUUCACUCGGGGAAGGUCUACAGCUGUAAGGAGUGCGGCCGUAAGUUUAAUCACCCCAAGAAUCUUGCAAGCCAUGUUGUUAGACAUAAAGAAAGACUUAUCAAGUGUAGUGAGUGUGAGGCAGCAUUUUACCUUCGUAGUGAGUUGAACAAACACAUUAAUCAGGUGCAUCGCAAGUGUCGCCCUUACAACUGUGUAGACUGUGGACGAUCUUUCUGUCAACGCUCGGUCUUGAAACAUCAUCGUAUGGUUCACUCCGACCAUCGUCCUCUCACUUGUCGUCAUUGUGGACGCACCUUCAAGCACAGACAUGCAUUUAAUUACCAUCUUGAGCAAGAAAGAAAACUCAACACUCAAGAAAAUGGCCAUCAAGUGCAUGCUGUUGAGACCCAACAUUCAACUACAGUAGACUUGUCACAAACAACAGAAUUGAUUCAGACUCAGGAUAAAUCUAGAGAAUGUAUUCGAGUACGGAAGGUGAAUGUGACGGGGAAAAAAUCUGUCAUUAAAUGUACGACAAUCAAAAGUGGAAAAAAAUACAUCAAUGAGGACACCAAAUCUUGUAGCCCUUUAAGAUUUAUUUCUCUUCUACCAAAUCUAACCACUGGGUCAGACUCUAGUUCUGUCAGUACACAGGAGCCACAGAGAUACCCAGAUAUAGAGCUGUUUGAGAGUAACACAUACGGUGACUCUCUAGAGCCUCCCGGGUCAUGUGUAGAUGAUGAUAGACACAUUAUGUUAGUUAAAGAUAUGAACGAAGAACCAACUGCAGUAGCUACAUUUGUCCUGGGUAAUGGAUCAGAUAAAGUAUUGGAGGUAGAGAACUUUAAAACUCAGAAUGACCCAUCUAUUGGUGCCUGUGAUUCUUCAGAAGAUGCUUUAAGGAAUAUUGAACUAAGUCACACAGAAAUCACAUGCAUUACAAACACCCAGCCAGGACCCAGCAGACUAGAGUCAUCGGUUACCCAGUAUAUCAAAGAGGGUAUUACUGACUGUUGUGUUCUUGGUGAUUUUAUAUCUGUUAUUGACAGUGAAGUCUUGAGGGGUAAAGAUUCCUAACAUGGUGGUGCAUCACACUAAUGGAAAAGUAAAUCUUGUUUUAUUUAUAGCAAGUUGUAAAAUUUGUGAAAUAUUAUACACUCUCCAAAAAGUAUCAUCACGGAGGGGUCCAAUGAAUUUUAAAAUGAACACCGUGACUCCUGUUGUCUUGGUAAGGUUGUCAAGAUCCCUCAUCUGUUGUGUAAUAUUAUCUUCACACAAAAUUGUAACAAUACUUUUUGGAGCUAGUGUACAGUACAAAACAAAUUACAGUGUUAUAGAUUUAAGUAUAAUAUGACAAACCUGUAAGUACAAACAUGAACAAAAUAUAACUCAAAUAAAUGAAGAGGUAAAUAUAAUGUGGCACCUUUCAAAAAUUAUAGAACUUACAAGAUGAUUCCGGGAUUAAGAAACUUAACAUAUUAUUGUUUAGUGUUGCAGGAACAGAGCCGGUCUCUCUCACCUAAAGACCCAGGCUUAAGCACACUCCUUUCUUAUAAGAUAUGUCAACUCUUCAGAAGGUGGAAACAAAUGAACCCAAUUUCAAUAUACUUCCAUGUACAAACUCUAGGACUUUAAUGGUAAAAGAUUGACCAUUAAUUAAAAGUUUAUAAGUCAUUAAGUUUUGGGAAAGAGAGACAUAUAAUUUAUCGAUGGAGAAUUGAAGAUUAAAGUCCCAUUUUAUGAGAUUAGGAUAAGGGCUCAGAAGAUUAGGAUGAGGAUUGCAAGAGGGAUAUAAAGGCAGAGAGAUUGGUCUGAAGGAUUGUACCACCAUAUAGUGUUUAAGUGUCUGGAGGGUGUACAGUACAAUUAGGUUCCUCAGAUAUACAGUCAGUGAGUAUUAAGGACAAAUUACAAGAUAUCCUGUAGUGCUUAUGUGUUUCAUGUGAUAAAUUACAAUUAUUAUGUAUCAUUAUAAGAUAUACUGUAACAGGAACUGAAUUAUGUAUCCCAAUUCUAUUUGUCGUCUGAUUUUAUAGUUUACAAAGUACAUGCCUUCUGCUAUAUGUAUAUACUGUACUGUAUGUUCAUGGUUGCAAGGUAUACGUACCCCCAAUCCCUAUAGACUCUGACAUUACCUAAUAACUGAGAGUGGGACCCAUUUGAAUUAGGUUGGAUCCUAUUAACCCCUUCACUACAGGGACGCCAUUUGUAUUAUUUUAUUUGGCUAACGAUAAUUAGUUUAGAUUGGGGAAUGCUCAUUUGUUUAUUUACUAUUUUUAUUACCAGUAUUUCUCACAAUUUGGUCAACUUCAUGAAACAAACUGUGUUGUAUGAUGGAGGGUUCUGGUUUGGUCAACACUUAACGUGCUAAUUAAAAUGUAUUCCUACCAUCAACUUGUGUAAUGAGUCUCAGAAUAUUGAUUUGAUCCUGUCAGUUGAAUGGUCUUAUAAUAUGGAGCAUUUUAAGUGAUUAUGAGAUUGAAUUUUUGAAUUUUCUUCAUUAAUUGAGUCUGAAAGGCAUUACUGAUCCAUAAUUGUCUUCAAUACUCUUAAGAAAAAUUAUUCUUAUACGGUGGUUUUGUAAGAAAGUUGUAAUUUGUCUUUGAAGUGAAAUAAAUUUGUUUUAAGUUACUAAAUACAGGUACAUCUUGUUA